CGCUGCUACCGCCCCGCCAUGGCGUCAUCCGCAGGCGCUGCCGCCGCCGCUUCCCGCGCUGGGCGCCGUGAGGGGCGGCGGGCCCGGGUCUGGGGAAGAUGACCACUCUCACACGGCAGGACCUUAACUUUGGGCAAGUUGUUGCAGAUGUUCUUUCAGAAUUCCUGGAAGUGGCUGUUCACCUCAUCUUGUAUGUCAGAGAAGUUUACCCUAUUGGGAUCUUUCAGAAGAGGAAAAAAUACAAUGUACCUGUCCAGAUGUCCUGCCACCCAGAGCUGAACCAGUACAUCCAGGACACGCUGCACUGUGUGAAGCCUCUGCUGGAGAAGAACGAUGUGGAGAAAGUCGUGGUUGUAAUUCUGGAUAAAGAGCACCACCCCGUGGAGAGAUUUGUCUUUGAGAUCACCCAACCACCUCUCCUUUCCAUUAGUUCUGAGUCCCUGCUGUCCCACGUGGAGCAGUUACUGCGUGCCUUCAUCCUGAAAAUCAGCGUGUGUGAUGCUGUGCUGGACAACAACCCCCCAGGUUGCACCUUCACAGUUCUGGUUCACACACGGGAGGCGGCCACACGCAACAUGGAAAAGAUCCAGGUGAUAAAGGAUUUCCCCUGGAUCCUCGCUGACGAGCAGGACGUGCACAUGCACGACCCCCGGCUCAUUCCCCUGAAAACCAUGACAUCUGACAUCCUAAAGAUGCAGCUCUACGUAGAAGAGCGAGCUCACAAAGGCACCUGAUUUCAAAUCUUCCUUGCCUUCAAACUUCAUCUGAUCUUCCAGUGGAGUAAGAUCUGUCACAAACUGUAUCUUGAUAACCAUCUCUUCAGCUGGCCUUCUGGGUGAAUGUAGAGCAGCUGCUGCCUCUUUAUUUCAAGUGCUCUUACCACUGUAUAAAGAACUGACUUGGAAUGGGGAGCCAGAGCCUGUUCCCAUCUUGACUUGUGUGAGAGCACAGGUGUUGAUGCAGUGCAUCCCUGGGGAGUCAGUGCUUUAUUACCAGUCCAGUUCUCACCUGGAAAGGGCAGCUCCAUUGCACACAGGCAGUGACAGACAGCUAGGAGCUGUCACAAAGUCAUGGGAUCAACACUUGUGCUAAGGGGGAGUGAGGCCUUAUGUAGUGUCUGUCCACUGUGACCAUCCCAAGCAGUCUUCAAUAAAUACCAAGUUUUACCCCAGUUGAACUGGGCUGAGUUCUGUCAAAA